UGUUUACAUUUAUCCGCAACUCUGCAAAUAAUGAUGGUUACGUGACCAACCGAUUGACACACUCGUAUGAAAUUUGUGAACCCAAGAAUUGAAAAGAAAACGAAAUUGUUGCUUUAGUUGUGUAAUGUUAUUUGAAAAGAAAGAGUGGAAAGGAAAUCAGCAAAAACAACAAUAAAGUUAGAUCGCGCGAUAUUCCGUCGAUGACGUCGACGCUGCUAUACAUAUGUACAUCCGUUGGAGUGCGUGUGUCUAAAAAUCAACUUACGUAGGAAACGCAAUAAGCAACUUUAAGAACUAAAUCAACAGAGAACCAGACGACAACAAAGGCAAAGAAACGAUCAAGAGUUGUUGAAAAUUCAAAAUUAAAAUUGAAAACAUUUUUGGAUUUGGAUUGGCAGCAAAGCAGCACCGCCCCGCACCACCCAACAGGCUAAAAUAAAAGCAUAAACAUGAAUGCACUUUUGCGCCGCGAGGGAAGGACUCUGAAAACGAAUUACCAGCUUCAGAAUUUUUACAAACGCUAUCUCAAAACGAGCAGUUGUGCCGCUUGCACCGCUGACUACACAAAUGGGGCAACGGAAAAGGAAUGCGAACACACUCAGAGGAGAUCCACAUCGGCCAUAAGUGGCUCUCAGCACCAAUGGGUGCACCAACGAAAUCUGUUUCAGAAUCAGUCAGUAUAUAGGUACGGCUAUUACUAUUCGGGCCAUGGGUUUCGACAUCUGCACGCCAGCCGAUCCCUGCUCGAGUCGUCUACCUCAAAGAUCGAUGUCACUGUCAAGAAGCUAAAGAACCAGCAGAAGGAGAAGGUGGAGGAGAUCAUGAAGGAGGUGGCCAAUGGCCAGGCAGCGGCGAGGACUGCAGCUACCGCCACUGCCGGGGCGGACAUAAACGAGACCGCGAAGUCCGGCGACGCAGCUGGAGCGGCCUCAUUGACCCCAGCAGCGGACAAAACGGUGGCCAAACCAAAAAAGUCGCUGGGAUUGCGCAUCUGGGAUGAACUGGUCCACUACUACCAUGGCUUUCGGCUGCUCUUCAUUGAUGUGGCCAUCUGCUCGAAGCUUCUCUGGCGCGUCCUCAACGGCAAGAGUCUCACCAGACGUGAGAAUAAGCAGCUUCAGAGGACAACAUCGGAUCUGUUCCGAUUGAUUCCAUUCUCGGUGUUUAUUAUAGUCCCGUUCAUGGAGCUAUUGCUGCCGGUUUUCAUCAAAUUCUUUCCGGGAAUGCUGCCGUCCACGUUCCAAACGGCCAAGGAUCAGCAGGAUAAGCUGAGGCAGUCGCUGGGCGUGCGCCUGGAGGUGGCCAAGUUCCUGCAGAAGACCUUGGACCAAAUGCCCGUUCAGCAUAAGGAGCACAGCAGCGAGGAGGCUAAGCAGUUUGAGGAAUUCUUCAAAAAGAUCCGCCAUCCCAGUGAGAAAGUGAGCAAUGAUGAUAUUAUCAAGUUUGCCAAGCGCUUCGAUGAUGAGAUUACCUUGGACUCACUGUCUCGGGAGCAGCUGGCGGCCCUCUGCCGUGUCCUCGAGAUGAAUACGCUUGGCACCAGUAAUCUGCUUCGAUUCCAGCUGCGCCUCAAGCUGCGCUAUUUGGCCACCGACGAUCGGGUGAUAGUCCGCGAGGGCGUUGAAUCCCUCGACCUUAUCGAGCUGCAGCAGGCCUGCAAGGCGCGUGGCAUGAGGGCGUACGGUCUCACCGAGGAGCGCCUUCGCUCCCAGCUGAAGGAGUGGAUCGAUCUGUCGCUGAACGAACAGGUUCCAUCCACGCUGCUGCUGUUGUCCCGAGCCAUGCUCAUCUCCGAUGAAGGCAAUGCCACGGAGAAGCUGAAGGAGACGAUGAGGGGGCUGCCGGAUGCGGUGGGUGCCCAUACUCGUCAUGCCAUUGGCGAGAGCGAGGGCAAGGUCGACAACAAGACCAAGAUUGAGAUCAUCAAGGAGGAGGAGCGCAGGAUUAGGGAAGAGCGCGAGGAGGAACACGAGGAGGUGAUUGCCAAGCGCACAGCAAUCAAGGAUGAGCAGCCCGCUCCAUACGUGUUUGCCGAGCAGCUGACUAGCGCCAAAAAUGUAUUGGAGCACAAGGAAACCCCCCUGCCCGUCGCUCCCGUUACGGACAAGGGCAUCUCGUCCACAGACGUCCAAAUGCUCUCCGAUGCUUUGAACACACUCUCCUCCGACAAGCAGUUAGUGGUGGAGAAGGAGACCAUCAAGGAGCUGAAGGAGGAGCUGCGAGACUACAAAGAGGAUGUGGAGGAGCUGCGGGAGGUGCGACAGGUGGUCAAGGAGCCGGUCCGAGAGAGCCGAGCUGCCAAGAUGCUCUACAACCGUGUCAACAAGAUGAUAUCCCAGCUGGACGGUGUCCUGAACGAUCUGGAGCAUCGCCAGCUUCAGAUCAAGCAGGCGAAUGCCAUUGAUUGCUCGGAGGCUGAGUCCAGCCCAGAACGGCAGCCCACGGUCCAUAUUGACGAGCUGGUCGCCACCAUCAAACGCAUGCGGGAAGCCUCCGACGAGGAGCGGUUCAAGGUGGUGGAGGAGUUACUUGUGAAGCUGGAUGCCGACCAGGAUGGUGCCAUUUCCGUGAAUGAAAUCACCAAAGCUGUGCAAAGCAUCGACAGCCAAGCCACCAAUAUCGAUAAGAAGCAGCUCGAGGAGUUCACCGAGCUGCUCACCACGCAGGCGACCAAGCGACGCAACGAGGAAAUCGUUCACAUCGACGAUCUCAUGCAGAACAUCAAGAGGCUAAAGGAGACCAGUGACGAUGCGCGCCUCCAGCAUAUCGGGCAAGUUCUGGAUAAGUUUGAUGCUGACAAGGAUGGCGUCAUUACCGUCAACGAAAUUCGAAAGGUGAUGGAGUCCAUUGGUCGUGACAACAUCAAUCUUAGUGAGAAGGCCAUCGAUGAACUCAUUUGCCUGCUGGACAAGGAGCAAAUCCUGCAUGCGGAGGAGAAGAUUGAGAGGGCCAUUGCCAGAAGCUUGAAGGAUGCCGAGAAGCUCAAGGCUGAGGUGGACAAAAAGGAUAAGGAGUUAGCCAAUCUGGUGGACGGCCUUCAUGACUCCGCCAAGGAGAUCAAGGACAUUGCCAGCGAUUUGGGGGCCAUGGACAUAGCUAAGAAGUUGAAAUCAGAAGCCCCAUUCCAAGACACGGCUCAGACGUUGAAGGACUGUGCCAAGGAGCUGAGCGAUGAGCCGCCUAAACCGCCAGUAUCCCCAGAUGAUAACAAAACGAAUCCCAAACGCAGCGCUCCUUCUAAAGAUUCGAAAAAUCCCGGUCCACCCAAGUCAUCGGGCGGGGGCGGUGGAGGUGGCAUUUCAGCGAGUGCCGGUAAUGUUACUACAGAGGCCGUGAUCCGAGAGGCAGCCGAGCGUCAGGUGGAAAAGCUCCUGCCCAAGGACAUUACCCUACCGCACACGAUACCGACUGCAACACCAUCAAUCCCUCCUGUAACAAAUAAGGCCGCGGCAAGCGCAUCGCCUCAACCCCAAUCCUCUGUAAAUGCCUCAAAAAAAGUGCUCUAAACGACCGUCGAGGCAUCGCAAAUAGGAUCGGUUAAGACGCCUCCCAAGUCGAAGUAAUUGGAAAGUGAAGCACGAAAAGUAGGAGGAGAAUUUGUUUGCUUAUGUGUCCACAAUGUUCUUAUUAGAAUUAGAUUGAUUGUUGCUAUAAAAUAACCACAACGAAAACAAACAAAAAAAAAAAAACACUGAGAAAACGAUAGAACGCCCAAACCAAUACGAAAAUCAAACGGUGUAUUUAACUUGAAUUCUAGACAGAAGUAGGAGCGUCUGCUUAACGCGUGGCUGUAGUACAGUAUCCUCUCUCUGAGUAAGGCACAAAUAUAUGAAUACCAAUCCCCCCACUUGAAAUACCUUAACUGUCCUAAACGUCCUAUAAUAAUGCUAUAAUAACCGAUAAAAUAUGUAUGUUACGUAUCGGCAUUCAUCACCGUGAAUGAUCGGGUGCGCCACUUCACUUGGCCCCAAAAACCAUAUUAGCGAAGCGAUUGUGAUCAUUAAGCGAAAUGUUAAUUUACGAUUUAGUUCAUUUUAUUUCUAUUCAUACGAAUGAAUCAUGCUGAAUGGCCAGAGCGGAAAGAUAUGAUUUUGGAAUUAAAUUGAAUUUUGAAACCACGUGAUAAUUCUAAACAAUAAUGAGUGUGCUUGAAUGAAUUAGUUUAUGAGAAUUUGUAAAAGUGUUUUGCAAUAAAAUUUAGUAUAAAAAUGCAAACGUGUACUCCUCUGCAUCUGACGUAUGUACAUGAUUCCCUUUUAUCGAUUCCCUGAAUUUUCCAUCAAUUUGUUGACUCCAUUAGUCGUACAUACUCGUACAAUUAAAACAUAUUC